AUGGAAGAGACAAGUGACUUAAAGACUGACUCGUCGCCUACAGACACAAAGAACGUAGAAUUAGAGAAAAAGGUUGAAGAAACAAGUGACUUAAAGUCUAACUCGCCUACAGACACAAAGAACAUCGAAUUAGAGAAAAAGGUUGAAGAAACAAGUGACUUAACGUAUAACUCGCCUACAAACACAAAGAACGUAGAAUUAGAGAAAAAGGUUGAAGAAACAAGUGACUUAAAGUCUAACUCGCCUACAGACACAAAGAACAUCGAAUUAGAGAAAAAGGUUGAAGAAACAAGUGACUUAACGUAUAACUCGCCUACAAACACAAAGAACGUAGAAUUAGAGACAAAGGUUGAAGAAACAAGUGACUUAAAGUCUGACUCGCCUAUAGAUACAAAGAUCGUAGAAUUAGAGGAAAAGGUUGAAGAAACAAGUGACUUAAAGUCUGAUUCAUCACCUACAGACACACAGAUCGUAGAAUUAGAAAAAAAGGUUGAAGAAACUAGUGAUUUAAAGUCUGACUCGUCACCUACAGAUACAAAAAUCAUAGAUUUAGAAAAAAAGAUUGAAGAACUUAUUCAUGAAUUGGAUGUCGCUCAAAAGAAAUCAGACGAUACCCACGCUGAGUUAGAAAAUAAGAUCGAAGAACUCCUUAAGGAACGAGAUGAUCUAAUUUCUGGAAAAGAGAGUCUCGUACAAGAUUUGGAAAGUGCUCAAAAGAAGUCCAAUGAACUUCAGUUAGAAUUGGACAAUGAAAGGAAAAUAGUUCGAGAAGUGAAGGAAAAACUGGAAGCGACAGAAAAAAACUAUAAAGUACUCGAAUCAGAUAACGCAUUACUUCAUUCUGCCAAAACCCAAGCUCUUGAAAAAUUGUCAGAUGUAGAAUCAAAAUUGAAAUCUACAACACAACGAGAACGUGAUCUUCAGGAGUCAUUAAACGAGGCUAGAACGACAAUCCAAAAAUAUGAUUCUGAAAUUGAGAGCCUAAAAAAGCAACAACUUGAAGAAAACGACAAAUUCAAUAAAACACUUACCAUUAUAAAAAAGACCCAAUCAAGAAUUCAAUCUCUAGAUAAAGAAAAAAAAGAUAUGAAUGAGGAGAUAGAACGUCUCCGGGAAUCACUUCGAACCUCUGAACAAAACGCAACAGACAAUUUGAAAAAAUUAGCAACAGAAAAGGAAGCAUUGUUUGAUCAAUUACAAGUGAAACAAGCAGAAUUCGACUCAUCACAAUCGUUGCUCGAAACAUUACAACAUGGUUCUAAGGAGAGGGAGCGUCAGUUAAAAGAAACUGAAGAGCGUUCGCAAGCAUUGGAGGAAGAAGUAACAUCAUUAAAGAAACGUCUUAAGGAAAUGAAACGAGAGAAUGAAACUUUGAAAACAAAAGUGGAUGAUUUUAAUGGUAUCACAGAGAAGUUGGAAAUUAUGACAAAGCAGUCUGAAAAUUAUAAACAAGAAAGAGAAAAAGUAGAGUUAGAAUUAACUGAAAUUAAACGUACUUCUGAUGUUCAAAAACAAGAUAUGGUUAAACAAUUGACAGAAAAAGAGCAAGAAAAAAGUAGGAUAAUGACAGAAUAUCAAACAAAAGAUGAGCUUUUAAAAUUAACUCAAGAUGAGAACGAUUCUCUGAAAAAGCAGAUUCGAGAAUUGGACGAAAAUAUGCGCAUACUUACCACAAAAAUGGCUAAUGCUGACGAGAACUCUGUCAAGUAUCGAGAAUUGGAACAUAACCUUCAACGAAAUAAAGAAGAAUAUGAAAAACUACUCGAGGAGGCCCGUAUGCGAGAAGGUCAACUAAGAAACAACAAUAGGUCACUCAAGGAAGAAGUCCGUAAACUUCAGAAAUCAUCAGAUCGUGGUGUACCAACAUCUCCUUUACAACCACCAUCUCCUACAUCGUUAAGAAAUUCAGUGCCAUCUAAUCCUUCUACAAUCCUUAAUACGGGAUUAGAUGAUGAUGUUAAGAUUGAUUAUCUGCGAGACGUUAUACUUAAAUUUUUGGAACAUAAAGAGCAGCGGAAAGCAUUGCUGCCGGUUUUAACAACAUUACUUAGGAUACCGCUUGAAGAAAAAAAAAGAUUAGAAUUAAAGUAUGGUAAAUGGUAA